CAACCCUACUCACCCGAUAAAGGAGUGAAAAACAUCUAUAGCGGAAACGCUGGUCCAUGCAGUUAAAGUGAUCACGAUAUUCUGCACUGUUGCUGUUUACAUUUGGCAUUCAUAACUGAAAUGGCCCUCCUACGUACAUAUCUGUUAACAAAUCGCAUUUCAGCUCGUUUAGUUGUACGAACACAAUCUCGCGGAAAACGUGAUAACGUUCCUGAAGUAAAUGCUGUAUCGCAAUUCCAUGCUUCAACUAAUCAACCAGAAAAAGGCAAAAUGUAUGAUAAAAAACCAUUCAAGUUUAUGUGUGAAAAGGGUAAAGCUUACAUGUGGUGUUCUUGUGGUCACAGCAAAACACAGCCCUUUUGUGAUGGCACACACAAGAGCCCCUUUCUCAAUAUCAAGUUAAGGCCAGUUCGCUUUGUCCCCGAAGAAACAAAAGAGUACUGGUUCUGCAAUUGCAAGCAAACUAAUAGCCGCCCUUUUUGUGAUGGAUCCCACAGAAAAGAAACAGUGUGAGUGAUGAACCUGGCAUGUAUGAGAUGAACUGCUCUACUGCCAAAUGUCUAACAGCCUAUACCUGUAAUACAAAAUUAAAUAGUGAAA